CUGUUCAGAUCAGCGCAUUAACUUGUCAAAUAUCGUGAGAAUAGGAAGUGCGUGUCAGUCGAUUCAACCGCAGCGCACAACAACAACACAACACAACAUCAACUACAUAAGUGCAACAAAAAUAGAAUUUCAAUUAAAUCCUAAAUAACUCGAACGUAAUCGAGCCCAUAUAUCAAUUAAGCGAAAGCCAAAACGGAAAAAUCAAUCAAAACGUUGUUAGAACAAGUGCAUAAAUAUGUUAAUCUAAAGCUAAUGCUAAUGCAAAUUAAUGAUACUACAAGUUCGCUUAGUCCUGCACUUGCAAUUGCUGCUGCUGCUGCUACUGCCCUGUCAUAAAUAAACAUUAACCCGAGAGCUGUUUAAUCAAUUGAUUUUAGCCACUUAACAACUGCUAAUAGCAGUAGUUGCGAAAAGUUCAUAAAUCUAAGCUAACAAUAAUCAUAAUAAAAAUAAAAAUAACUUAAAGUACACACACACACACACACAAACACAAAAAAUGAAACUGUUCACCAAUAAAACUCAGCGCAAUACAAAGCUGCUGCGUUGCGCUGCGCUGGGCAUGACGCUGCUCUUCUUUGGUGCCGUCAUAUUACUAACCGAUCCAGUCAAGCUGAUAGUGGAAUGGCAAAUUAGCUUGACGCCUGGCACGCUGCUCUAUAAGCUGUGGCUGCAUCCGCCGCUGGAGGUCUUUAUCAUGGUCUACAUGUUCAACUACACCAAUGUGGAUGCAUUUAUAGAUGGCACCGAUGCCAAAAUGAAAAUCACCGAGGUGGGUCCCUACGUCUACCGCGAGGUGCUUACCAACAACAACGUCACCUUGAACGAGGCCAACAACACCAUCAGCUACACACCAAGACGCAUCUACGAGUUCGUGCCGGAGCGUUCGGUGGGUGACCCGAAGGUCGAUCGCAUACGCGCGCCCAACAUACCGUACAUGGGCGUAAGUACGCAAGCCGCCCAGCUGUCCAUGUUCGCUGCCUUGGGGCUGAGUGCGCUGACCAAGCGACUGAAUGCGCAGCCCAUGCUGGAGGUCAGCGUGCAUGAGUACAUGUGGGGCUAUGAGGAUCAUCUGGUGCACUUGGCCUCCAAGUUUGUGCCCAGCCUAAUCGAUUUCUCCAGCUUCGGCAUUAUGGAUAAGCUGUUUCGCGAGGGCAAUGAAACUAAUGUGUUUAACAUGAACUUGCCAGAGCCGAAGGAUGCGCAGGGCAAUAGGCAGGCGGGCACGCCACGCGGCUACUCCAUCAACAGCAUUAAUGGCGAGCAAGGCUUCAGUCGCUGGGAAUACGAUGCGUCUACCAACGGCACAAUGUGCAAUCGCAUUUGGGGCAGUCACGAUGCGACGCUGUUUCCACGCGACAUGAACGCGCAGGAUACGUUUUAUAUAUAUCGACGCACCUUUUGUCGUCGUCUGCCCAUGAAGUUCAAUCGCACGCUGGACUUCAAGGGCUUGGAUGCGUUUGAGUUUGUUAUGGAGCCGCACAUCUUUGACAGCGAGCUGCAUAAUGAUAACACCAGCUGCUUCUGCAAGAACAAUCAGUGCCUGAAGAAAGGCGUGGGCAAUGUUUCACCCUGCUAUUAUAACAUGCCCUUGGCCAUAACAUAUCCGCAUUUUAUGCAUGCUGAUCCCAGCUUGCUGCAGCCCUUCGAGGGUCUGAGUCCGAAUAUAUCGCGCCAUACUUCGACUUUCAUGCUGCAGCCACAACUGGGCGUGCCGCUGCAUGUGCACAUGCGUCUGCAGGCCAAUCAGGUGGUGGGCAACAUCAAGUUCAAUCGCUUGAUGGAGCCGUUUGAGAAUCUAGUGCUGCCGCUGCUUUGGGUGGAUCUGACCAUUGACAACUUGCCGCUGAGCUUGCAGUGGCUCUCGCGUGGCUUGAAGACGGGCUUUCCACUGCUGCAGUCGGCGCUGGCGCUGCUUAUGCUGCUGGGCGGUCUUUAUCAGCUGAGCGCUGCUUUGCUGCUCUGCUUCUGGUCGCCGCCAGGUGGUAAAAGCAAAACAGAGCUGGCCAGCGAGAAGCCCACAGCGAAUGUAUUGGCUGGACUUAGCUUGGUCGCUGCGCUGCAUAAAGCGGAGCCAACGCUGCCGGAGGAACAGCAGCUGCUUGCAGCGCACCAAAAAAAGAGUUUGGUGUGAUUGGAUUGGAACGUAGUUUGCAACGUUUUUUUGGAACAUUACCUCAAAUUAAGCUGGGUGGCGACCCAGCACACUGUGAUAUUAAAGCACUAAGCUAAGCAUGAGAGAUUCAUUUUUGGUGUAGAUCGUAUUCUGCUCAAUGGAAACAACUUAGGGAUACAAAACAAACAAACUAAGCUUAAGCUUAUGUAACAAUUGUGUAUAAAUAACAAAGUUAAGGUUUAAAUUAAGGUUUAACGGUAAUGCUAAUGCUGCACAGCUGAGUUUGUCUUGAUUUGUCGACGAAUAAAGCACAAAUAAAAAACUGCUCAAUGUGA